UGGAAUAUAAUAGAAAAAGAAACAAAUGCUUUGAUGAAUGGAUAGAAAAAUACGGAAAUAUUUUUGGUUUCUUUCUUGGAGGAAAACCUUGGGUUGUGUGUCGUGAUUUGGAAUUGAUGAAACUUAUACAGAUAAAGGAAUUCAAAAAUUUUAUGAAUAGAGAUGUAAUACUUCCGGAUGGAGGAGUUCCACAUGAUCCGUCGUUUGAACCACUUGUACUUCAAUGUGAUGAGGAUUGGAAAAAUACCAGAAAUAUAUUGAUCACAGGUUUCAGUACAGCUAAAUUAAAGAUGAUGAGCACUCUUAUGACUAAGCCGAUAAAUAUAUUUAUGGAGAAAAUCGAAAAACAGAAAGAAUCGCCGUUUGAUAUUGCCGAAUUUUAUAAAAAGUUAACUUUCGAUAUAAUUUGUAGAACAGCUUUUGGAAUUCAGACAAACGUACAAAAUGACGAAACAAGUAAAUUUGUGCAAUCCGUCUAUAAUACCUUCGAGGUUGAUACCGCCGAUCUAUUGUCAAUAUUAUCAAUUUGUUUACCCGAAAUUGAACCGAUUCCUACAUAUGGUAGAAAGAUUUUGGAUACAAUAAAAUAUGCAAUUAAUUAUCCGUGUACUAAAAUAGUUUUGAUACGUGCAGUCAAAUAGUUAUUUCCCGAAAAACUUCAGAUGUAAGAUUUACAAUUUAUAAAUUGCUAAAUAACAAAAAUAUUACUAAUAGUUUUAUAAAACUAUUUUCAGUAUCAUCAUCCAGAUCUCUU